AGGCUCCGGCCUCGGGACCUGCGGCUCUGCGGCCGGCUGCGUGGUCUCGGGUGAACAGCCUGCCCUCUCUGGGCCUCGGCUCCCUCUGCUGUUGACUGGGGACAAGAACGGCCCCCUCGCCGCGGGCUCUUACGAGGAGCAAAUGCGACGCUGCUGUGGGGCGCGGUGUGCGAGGGGCCGCGGGAGACACGGGAGGCUCUGUGAUCGCUACCACCACCCCUCAUUCGUGCGGAGCCUCCGAGGCCCCGAAAAGGCUGACCCCCUGGGCUCUACCCCGUCGGGCCCCAUGUGGGGGCCUCAUCGGCCCGGCUUGCAGAUGGGGACACUGGGGUGCCACAAGAGAGGACGCCUGCCCCGGGGUCACCCCGAGAGCAGUGGUGGGUCCAGCAUUUAAAGACUAUUAGCAGCCACCGUGAGAGCAUGUAUCUGGUGCCUACUGUAUACUGGCUACAUGGCAGACUUCCAGGGUGGACCCAAGUCCCGCGGACGCUACCUCCGGUCCGGGUGUGGACACUGAGGCCGGAGGUACCAGCCGGCGGGGCCCCGGGGCCUUGAGCCCGAGACCCAGCCUGAGGCCCGCCCACUGGCCUCCGUGACUCACCCGAGAGGAAUGGGCCAAGGAGGAGGCGGUGCCCCCACCCAGGCCCACUGACAGCCUCUGGGCAGGUCCCCCCACCGCCUCCCCGGAGUUAAUGUCCUAAGUGGCCUAUAAAUCCUGCUGGCUGUACGUCCACCUGCCCACUCGGCAAACACUCCUCCAUCGCCGUUUGCACACCUGCCUCCCCCCCCCUUCCCGGGGAGCUCCAGGGCGUGGGGACAGGCCCGCCCAGCCCUCAGGGUCAGCACCGGGCUGGCGCCGGAGGGGAGGCCUGGAGGCACAGCCAGGUCUGUGGCAGAAAUGACCCUGACCUCCAGGUCCUGGGCACCCGGAACGAGCAGCGUUUGCAGAAAACUUGCCAGCCUUUAUCACCUCCCUGCUGUAUGCUGGGUUCUGGCUGCAGGAGGGGGUGCUCGUCUGGGCCCUCCGGGAAGAGAGGGUCCUGGGCUGAGGGCUUCCAGUGGCAGAAGACGAGACUCAAGGACGCAGCCACCCCUGUGGCUUCCGGGAGGGCAUCUCCCUGGGGGCAGUGGCGUGGCCCGCGGGCUGGGAUUUACUACCCAGGCUUGCUUGUCUUUACCUGUUGCCUUUCUAAUUCUAGUCUCAGUAUUGGAUACAUACGGACGCCUGCUUAGUACACGUUAGUUAGCACAUGGUUCCCAUGGUCGAUUUUAUGUUGCCUGACCCCACCUCUCCAGCUCAGGGCGGGGCUGCGUUUUCCUCUUUAGAACGGCAGCUUUCACAAGCAAGGUGGCCCCAGCGCGGCAGGUUCUGAUAGAACUGGGAGAUGGGGAAAGGACAAGGGCUGCUUGAAGACCUGGGAACGGCCAGUUCCUUUCCUCAGCCGUAAAAAGUGAGCCCGGAGCACCUGCGCCCGAGUCCCCCUGGCCAUGGACCGAGUGACCAGAUACCCCAUCUUCGGCAUCCCUCACUCGCCCCGCGUGGGUGGCCUGGGCCUGGAGGAGGGCACCGGCCACGCGUUGGAGCUGGUGGACGUGGGGCCUGCGGCCAGUGGCUGGGACCAGAACAAGCCACGGGCCCUGCCCGCUGACCGAGAGGCCGGGCCGAACGCAGCCGGGCCGAAGGCGUCCCGGAGCGCAUGUGCCUUCCUGGACCGGCCAGCCCCGGGGAGGCUCGGCCGGGAGGGUGACGAGAAAGAGGAGGCGGAGGCCUGCCGUCGGCACCCAAGGGACGCCCAGCCCACGCGGCCACGGAGCCUGGAACGGGAGCACCAGGCACUCAGGAAGGGCAGCACGGCGGCCACGCUCCAGGGCAGGCCUGCCCGCGGGGACCCCGGGAGCCCCGGCCAGGCUCAGCCUGGGCCCCCGGAGGAGCACGUGGUCGACAGGGAGCAGAUCGACUUCCUGGCAGCCAGACGGCAGUUCUUGAGUCUGGAGCAGGCCGGUGCAGCGGCCGCCCAGAACCUUCCCGCUAGGGCGGCCCCUGCGUGCGCCCCGCCUGCCGUGGGUCGGGCCUCCGCGGCCUCGGGCGGGCUGCCCCCGGCCAGCGGGUGUGCCGUCCCCCCGAAGGCCCAGGGCACGGACGCGGUCUCGGGAGAGAAGGGGGGCGCCGGCGGCCUCCCCGCCGCCCCUGGUGCCCGGGCUGUGGGCGGCCGCGGCUCCCGGGCCCGAGUGGGGUCCCCGGAGCCCCCCGGGGAGACGCCCAUCGAGCGGGAGAUCCGGCGGGCCCAGGAGCGGGAGGCAGACCUGCGAGAGCAGAGAGGGCUACGGCAGGCGGCCAGCCGGCAGGAGAUGGUAGAGAUACCCGCCAGGCCACUGCUGGCCAAGGUCAGCCUGGCCUCGGCCCCGCGGCGGGACAGGGGGCGCCCGUCACUCUACGUGCAGCGGGAUUUGGUGCAGGAGACCCAGCGGGAGGCAGACCACCGGCGGGAGGGCCUGAAGCUGGGCGAGCCGUCCACGCCUGCCACGGCGGCCCUGGGUCCCCGGCCUGGACUCAGGAAAGCCCUCAGCUCAGAUUCCAUCCUCGGCCUGGCCCCGGAAGACGGGCCGGCCUGCCCUGCUCCCGCGGUGAGGAAGGAGGACCGCGGCAUCCCGGCCGACGCCCUGCACGCGUCCGGCAGGCCUGGGGGUCUCUCUGCGGCCGAGGCCAAGGCUGUGGGCUCUCCACAGGCCGCAGGCUCUCCGGGGCAUCUCUUGGAAUCCUCUGGAAAACCGGCAGGCGCCAAGCCGCAGGGCUCCACGCCCCGCGAGGGGCCCCCGCCGGCCAAGAGAGGUGUCAUCCGACAGGAGCAUUUCUGCCUGCGGCCCCUGCGGUUCAGGGUCCCCGACGGGCCCCUGCAGGCCGCGGCCCCCCGCGGCCCGGGCUGGGAGGGCGGGGGGAUCCUGGCGUCGACGCUGCAGAGGUCCCAGUCGUCCGAGCUGCUGGAGAAGGAGGUGGAGAGCGUCCUGCAGCGCGAGCGGGAGGUGGCCGAGGAGCGGAGGCAGGCCCUCUUUCCUGAGGUCUUCUCCCCGCCGCCCAAUGACGACGACGACGAGCCCGAAGGCUCCAGAAGCUCCUCCGCGGCUUCCGGCGUCACGGGCAGCUACUCCGUGUCUGAGUCCCACUUCUUCACCCCCGUCCACCCGUCAGGCGUGGCGGGUGCUCCCAAGCAGAAGAAAAGGAAGGAGCCGCGGUAUGCCAGCCUCAGCGCCUCCGACCACAUCAACUCCGAGGUCCUUGAGGCCACACGGGUCACCCGCCACACCAAUGCCAAGGCCAGGUGCUGGGAAGCCCGUAUCUACGCCAACGAGGGCAAGGCCUGAGCCGGGCGCCCCAGGUCUGCCCUGGGGGGCCUGCUGGCCCAUCCCGAGCCCCACUUCCCUUAGGAAACAGGUGCCUGUUUAAACUCCCCCCCCACCCCCUCCCACCCACCCCCCCCCAGAACCACAGAUCAGGGCCGACAACCCCGAGGCCGGAUGCAUUUUCAGCCCUGAUGGUUCUCUUUCCUGUUCUUAUCUUCCUGGA